GUCGAAAAAAAGUUAUUGCUGGAGUCUUCCCUUGCGAAGACGGUGCUCGUUUCGUCUUGACUUCUGCGUUUUCGUCGACUUGUCUGUGCCAGAACAAGACAGACUAUGGGAGAGGAGAACUGGUUCCUAGUCGAAGUGCAGAAAAUGCGGUCGGAGGGUCUGUUGAUGGACGUGACUCUGUGUGCCGAGGGAAAGGAGAUUCCCUGUCACCGUCUGGUUCUGGCUGCCAACAGCGAAUACUUCAAAGUCAUGUUCAAUGGAAGCCACAGCGAGAGCAGGAAGGACAAGAUAGAGAUAGGAGGGGUGAGCGCAGAGGCACUGCAGCUUUUAGUGGACUAUUCCUACACGUCCACAAUCGACGCCUCUAAAAACGUCAAUGCCCUGUUUCAAGCAGCGGACAUGCUGCAGUUUCCGCAAGUCUAUAAGAAAUGCGAAGAGUGUCUGUUGAAACUUGUGAGUGAAGAAACGUGUGUGGAAAUGUGGGUGUUGGCUGACAGGGUGUCGUGUACGCGUUUAGCGGAGAAAGCAAAGAGCUGGGCGAUGAAAUGGUUCGAUAUGCAGUACACAACCAAGGAGCUUCUUCAACUUCCUUUCCACCUACUCAAGACGUACGUCUCAGACGAGCACCUUUUCGCCGAGGAGCAGCAAAUCUUGGAAGCAAUCCUGCUUUGGGCAAGACACGAUCUUAAAGAACGAGAAGGCCACCUAAAGGAGCUGUUGAAGUGUGUCUGCUUCUCAAGUAUAGACAAAGACUACCUCAAGAACUUGAUGAAGGAAGAUGAAGUGUUUGCGAGGGUUCCUGGGAUCAGUUACAUGAUGAGGAGCCAGACUGUCAGUGUGCGCAUGGUACGUCGUGUUAUCCUCGAGAAGAACAUGCUAGUUAUCGGUGGUGUCACAGAAACAACGACGUUGAACGACAAAGUCUACCGACUAAGACCUGAUUCUGAAUGUGUCAAUGCGAAUCCGCUGCCGAAAAAGCUCCGGGAAAGCCAUGGAAUGGCGGCGUGCGCCUUCCACGAUCACGUGAUCGUGACAGGUGGGGACAAGUCCAUGUGGCAGGCAUGGAGGUACAAACCACGUCAGAACUCAUGGGACAGGCUGCCAAACCUUCGGACUGGACGAUACGACCACGGGAUGGCAGUUUUGGGGGGACAGUUGUAUGUGGUUGGUGGUGCCGAGAAUGACACGUACUAUGAUGAAUAUUAUGAAGAUGAAAAUGAUGAUGAUGAAGAUGAUGACGAUGAUGAGUGGGAUGAUGUUGAUGAUGACGAGAAGUGGGUGAUACCUGAUGUCGAGGUAUACGACAAGAAGAGCAACCGUUGGAAACUAACGAAGCAACUACGAGUGGCCGUGAGCAACUUCGCCAUAGCUGCCUGCCGCGGGAAGCUCUAUGUGUUCGGUGGAGAGACUGAUGAGGAAUAUGCGACUAACGCUGUCCAGUGCUUUGACCCUAAGAACAAAAAGUGGUCGUUGGACCUGUGGUUGGCAGAGGCUGUGAGUUGUCUAAGUGCGUGCACAGUUGGCUCCAAGAUCUACCUUGUUGGGGGACCGUUACAGCAGGUGAUGUGCUUCAAUCCGGAGAAAGAGACUCUCGUGUCUCUGGCCCACAGACUGGUGCCGUGGGACUGCUGUAGUGCCACGGUGUGCUGGGGAGAGAUCUAUAUAACCGGUGGCAGGGCAUAUGACGAGACACGCCCAUGGUACAACUCUGAAACCUUGGCCUACGUGCAGUGUUACAACAUAGCCAGUGACAACAUGGUCUUAUGUAAUGACCUGCCAGAGCGACUGUAUGGACACUGCACUGUAACCAUCAAAAAGUAGUUCACAGGCCACACUUUUUGCAAAAACUGUUACUGGGCGUGAAUAUUGUUUCCAAAAUACCUCUGGAGUCUAAAUUGACCUUGACUUGACUUUGUAAGACAUUUGGAGGUGAAAUUGACCUUGAGUUCACCUUGUAAGACCUGGAUAUAAAUUGACCUUACAUUGACCUUGUUGUUUUGACCUUGUAAGACCUG